UCAAGUGAUCACCUCCGAAAAUAAAGUUUGCAAAUGUUACGUGUGAAAAAUUCAACACUAAAAAUUUUAUAUGCUUGUCAUAUGAUUGUACACCGUGAGCAUGCGUAAAGUAAACAAAAAAAUCUAAAUAUUUGGGAGAGUUCUUUAGGUCUUUUCAAUACCUCUUUCUGAAAUAAAUCUUUAAACUUAGUAGAUAUGUUGGAAAUACUUUUUAAUAUAGAUAAUGGUUAUUUAGAAGGUUUAAUUAGAGGUUUUAAAUGUGGCAUAUUGAAAGUGGCUGAUUACCACAAUCUUGUACAAUGUGAAACUUUAGAAGAUUUAAAAGUACAUUUACAAAGUACUGACUAUGGAAAUUUCUUAGCCAAUGAGCCCAGCCCGUUAACAGUCAGCAUCAUUGAAGACAAGUUGAGAGAAAAGUUGGUCAUUGAAUUUCUUCACAUCAGGAAUCAAGCAGUUGAACCUCUUUCAACAUUUUUGGAUUAUAUCACGUACAGCUAUAUGAUUGACAAUAUAAUUCUUCUCAUUACCGGCACAUUGCAUCAACGGCCAAUAUCUGAAUUGAUUCCUAAAUGUCAUCCGUUGGGAAGUUUUGAUCAGAUGGAAGCUAUCCAUAUUGCAUCUACUCCUGCAGAACUAUAUAAUGCUGUAAUAGUUGACACACCAUUAGCUCCAUUUUUUGUUGAUUGUAUCUCAGAGCAGGAUCUUGAUGAAAUGAACAUUGAAAUCAUCAGAAACACUUUAUAUAAGGCUUAUCUUGAAGCUUUCUACAAUUUUUGCAAAGAACUGGGUGGAAUCACUGCUGAAGUUAUGUGUGAGAUUUUGGCAUUUGAAGCUGACCGACGAGCUUUCAUCAUAACCAUUAACUCGUUUGGAACUGAAUUAACUAAAGAAGAUAGAGCUAAACUCUAUCCUCAUUGUGGGAAGCUAUAUCCUGAUGGUCUCCAAGCUUUGGCCAAGACUGAUGAAUAUGAACAUGUGAAAGCUGUUGCUGAAUACUAUGCUGAAUACUCAAUGCUUUUUGAAGGUGCUGGAACUAAUCCUGGAGAAAAGACACUAGAGGACAAAUUCUUUGAACAUGAAGUUCGUUUAAAUAGCAGUGCAUUCCUUCAACAAUUCCACUAUGGAGUAUUUUAUGCUUAUGUUAAGCUGAAGGAACAGGAGUGCAGAAAUAUUGUUUGGAUCUCAGAGUGUGUUGCACAGCGCCACCGAGCAAAAAUUGAUAAUUACAUCCCUGUCUUCUAAAUUAAUAUCAUUUUUUAUAUAUUUUUUUUAUCCUAGAAGAAUGUUAUUUGUACAACUACAUUCCUAAAUACAAUUAUUGACUUUAAUAUUUUGUUGCUUGAUUCUUGUUUUGGUUGUACAAAAUUAUAUUUAUUUAAUUAGAAUAUUUGAGAAAUUCUAUAAUGUAAAUAUUUCAAAACUUGGUGUGUUUGGUGUAAACUCUGUAGAUUUAGUCAUAAUAUAUACAAGAAAUAUUCUAUUGAGUAUAUAUAUAUAAAUUGUUAAUGUGUUAUUAAAUGUUGGAAAAAAAUAGUAAAUUGAAUUAUUAUUCAGAGAAUAUGGCUAGUUUAAAAUAUAAGUGUCUUACUGAAAACAGCAUAGAGUAAUUAUUAAAAAAUAUAAUUAUCAUGUUUAAUUUUUAAAAUGAUUCUUUUUAAAUUCUUAAUAACUGCCAACUAAUGUCAUUAAUUUGUUAUAAUAUCUGCUUGAGUGUGUUACUUAAAAUUUAGAACUAAUUGUGAAUUUGAUAAUUUUAUUUAACUAUUUAUUUUUCAUGUUUACUUGUGUGUUAAAUUCCAUCUGAAAUCAAUUUACCUCAAAAAAUUUUAGAUAUUUCUUAAAGGGCUCUUCUGUGUAGAAUUAAAACAUUGAAAGUCACUGUUCAACUUAAAUUUUCAAUAGAAGUUUUGAUUUUAAAUAUACUUUUGUUUCAGAUUCGAUGUAUUCCACUCAAUUAUUUAUUCAUUCAAGAUUUUUUUUUAGCACUUUGUGUUUCCUAAUCACUUUAUUUCAUGAAUUGUUUUUUUCUCUUAAAAAAAUAGGCACAAAUCUUCAAUUUUUCUAUUUUUUACUUUCAGCUCUGAAGCUUUUAUUGAUUAAAAGCUUUAAUAUUCAAUCAGUUCCUUUUUAUGACUGAAUAAUUGAUAUAAGUGUUUCUUAGGUGUUUUUCUGUCUUAGAAUUUGUUGACAUCCAGUUAUAUUGUUUAAAUAUAUGAUUAUAAAGUCAUUAUAAUAAAGAUGUAAUUUAUAGAAGCUAUUAUUUUUUAUUGAAAUAUUUUAAUUGUUUUUAUGAGCAUUCUUUGUUUAGUAAUCAAUAAAAGAGUUCAUGCCAAAUGCCA